UGUAUGGAAAAUAUUAGCUUAUUUUUUGCCAUACUGUGGGCUAUUGGGGACUUUUAUUUUGACGGGCUGCUACAUGUUGUUUGAGGCUUUUAUUUUGACGGGCCGCCAUAUGUCAUUGGAGACUUUUAUUUUGACGGGUUGUUUGCGGAUGUCGGGCCCGUGAGCGGAGAGCAGCUUCGGUCUGUGGCGAAUCUAAGCAAAUAAAACAGAGAUCGGUAUUAAAGCAGUAAUGAUCGCGCAGCAGCGUGUUAGUGCACUUUAAACACAUCUGCAGCGUCACGGAGCGUCCGGUCGGGUCAUGGCGUCGGGUUCAGAGGCCGUCCACUACAUCCACCUUCAUAACUCCAGUCAGUCGGUGCUGGAAGCCUUGAGAUCUCAGCGACGCAAAGGUCUGUUCUGCGAUGUCACCGUUCGCAUCCACGACGCGUCGCUGCGGGCUCACGCCUGCGUGUUGGCGGCCGGCAGCCCCUUCUUCCAGGACAAACUGCUGCUGGGUCACUCGGAGAUCUCGGUGCCGCCGCUGGUCCCGGCCGAGACGGUGAAGCAGCUGGUGGAUUUCAUGUACAGCGGCUCGCUGGUGGUGCUCCACUCGCAGGCGCUCUGCAUCCUCACCGCCGCCUCCAUCCUGCAGAUCAAGACCGUCAUCGACGAGUGCACGCAGAUCAUCUCGCAGAGACGCGCCGCCGUGGCCGGAGGGGUGGGGCCUCUAGGGAGCGCCCUGCCCAAACAGGAGGAGGCCAGCGACGGGAAGGGCCGGGAGAACGUGGCGCUGCAGGGCUUCGCUUACGGCAUGGCCGGGGACUGCGGCUCGGACAUGGCGGCCGCUCUGGGGGGCGGCGCUCAGGGGGAGGCCGGCGGUCUGGAGGGGGGCGGAGUCGGCUCGCUGAUGCCCCUUGGCGAGGUAGGAGGCGGGGCCAUGUGUAGGGGGGAGGGCCUGGCUGUGGCCGGGGGCGGGGCCAUGCUGAAGGCCACGAGCUGCUCGCAGGAGAUCAACUACAUGCUGAACCCGGAACGCGGCGCGACCGUGGGCGCGCAGAACAUCGCCGCGAACGAGCGUGGUCAGAUGGGAUCCCCGAGCGGCAUGGGCCGCGGUGUGGAGUACGGCGGCGUGGGGGAGGAGCUGGUGGGCGGGGUGGAGCGAUUCAGCGAAGACGACGAGAGAGACGUGGACAGAGACGCGGAGAGGGACAGACAGACGGCGCACACGCGCAAACAGAGACAACCGCUGCGACUGCAGGUGCUGGGCGGAGAGGAGGUGGUGGUGAAGAAUGAGGGCGUGCAGGAAGGGGACGGUCUGUUUGAGAUGGACGAGAGAGGAAACGCAUCGCAUCAGAACGCCUACGGACAGGGCGGGUUCUACGAGGACUCUGCCGUGUUCUCGGGCAGCUUCUGGUCUCAGGCGGAUCCGCAGGCGUCUCUGGGCUCAAAUCCUCGCGGCCGGGUCAACAAACCCCUCUCUCCUCCGCCGCCCUCCCAGAACCUCGGCAACCAGAUGCUUUUCCAGUUUCCUGCCAGCGAAUCGCAGCAGCCGUCCUUCUUUGUGGGCGGACCCAUGGUGAUCGACAAUUUGGCUGAGUCGUGCCAGCAGGCUCCGCCUCCUGCUCCUCUGACCCCAGCUCCACCCCCCUCCACCCCAGCGUGCGUGGCGGGGCCGAGCUUUGCGCCUCAGGGCUCCGAGACGUCCUUCGACUGCAGCCACUGCGGAAAGUCACUGCGCUCCCGCAAGAACUACAGCAAACACAUGUUCAUCCACUCCGGUCAGAAGCCGCACCAGUGCAGCAUCUGCUGGCGCUCUUUCUCGCUGCGUGACUACCUGCUCAAGCACAUGGUGGUGCACACGGGCGUUCGGGCGUUCCAGUGCUCCGUCUGCAGCAAGCGCUUCACGCAGAAGAGCUCGCUGAACGUGCACAUGCGCACGCACCGCGUGGAGCGCACCUUCACCUGCGGCGUGUGCCACCGUGCCUUCACCCACCGCACGCUGCUCGAGAGACACGCCCUCCAGCACCAGCACCCCACGCCCAUCAAACCACCCACCAAUCACAUGGAGCAGGGUGGCAGCGGGAUGGGCGGGGCCAGCGGACCCGGCCCCGCCUCCUAGAGACAGGGACGACAGGAGAGAGGAGGAACAAUCAGAUUGAAUCCCAGGAGCUUUAACACACACACACACACAGAGACAAACUAGCAAAAUAUGCACACACACCAUCACAAACACGUGUGCACACACACUCUCAAAUACACAAACAUACACACAUCCUCACACUCACACACAAAACACGCGCACGCGCUCGCUCUCGGCAGCGGCGUCUGUGGCGCGUGGCGACGCCUCUUCAACCCAGAAAACCUCAUAAAACACACAAACCUCAUCGAACGACUCACACUAAACGCAAACCACACAGUCCUGCGCGUGUGACGCCGGGGACUUUAACGUCUUUUUUAAUGUUUUACGUGUUUAAUCUGUUUUGUACAUGUUUUCAUGGACUCAUCAGAAACCACAGUGACCUCAGGACCAGAAGAGACUUCAGAGCGGAUUUAUUACCUCCAUUUUUAUUUCAACAUCAACCUCCAUUUUUACAUUUUUUUAUCAAGUAUAUGCAUAAAUCUUAACGAUAUUUUUAUGGUGAAACGAUAUGUAAGAGUUUUAUGUCUGGCUUAAAUGCUGCGCGUGCGCGGGAGGAUCAUAUAUUCUGCUCUGCUUUGGUUUUCGUAUCUAGCAUGUGCUCGCUUGACGCUGCAUGAAGCUGCAUUAAAUGCAUUGUGACGUUU